CAGGAGACGGCGAGAGAUCGGCGUGCUUGUUUUUGAGGAUUCGGCGGAACCUGGGAUAUCGAGGUAUGGGAUUCUCUACGAGCUUGGGGAAGUCGACUUGAGAGUGGACGGUGCAGCUUUGAAGGGUAUGUUCAGUUUCGCGAUGAGCCGUUUCCGCCCCGUGUAUGCACAUCACGGCAGACGCAACAGAAAAAACGAAUUCUCGUGGCGCUCGACGUUACAUAACUACUGCCUGCACGCAACACCCGUGGCGACUCCAUGGGGCUUGGUCCAUCCCGUUCAGUUGCCCGUACGAGAUUGUCAUCAGACUCAGGGGCUUCUCAUUCCCAUCUCCCAUCCCAUCCGACAGCCGAGCGGAACAGAGCAAUGCGGGCAUAUAAGUGACCGCCCACCACCUGCGUUCACGGAGAUCCUCUCCAAGGCACGGUACACAUCACGCUCACUCACUCACUCACCCACACUCAUUUGAUUGAAAUGGCUCCGAUACUAUCAUUCGUUCUUUUCUUCCUGUCGGUGGUCACCGCGCUGCCCGAGCUCGAGGCGCGCAACGCUAACGUCGGUCCCGACGGCCUGGUUCAUGCUAUCUCCAAGCGCGGGGGCGUUUAUGAUCCACCGACGGGAUUGAUUCGUGCUGCCGAGCUCGAGAAGAGGGCGUAUGGAUACAGCAAUAAGGUCGACCAGCUCGAAUGGCAACUCCGCCGGAAUAAUGGCUUGAAAUUCUGCUCCGCCUACCUCAACUACUACCCGGCCACUAAGACCCAGUGGGUCACAAAGACCAAGACUCAGCGUGGAUACUACGAGGCCGUGCCUAUCACCAGGACCUCGACGAGGAUGGUCACCGAGACGUCCACCGAGACGGUUGAGACUACCGCGACUGUUACCGAUAACACCAUGACCACCACCAUCACGGCCGAGGCUCGCUCAGAGACGGCCAACUCCCCGGCUGAACCGGAGCUCCCAUCGGUAGUCCGCAGGUACAACUACGUUCCCGUCCCGCGGUACGUCGGCAAGAAAUACAACCCAUCGACCAUCACCUCCGCCUGCCGGCGCCUCGCGCGUCCCGCACCCACCCAGAUGAUCACUCGCACCAGUACCAAGACGGUACAGGCCAAGCCCACGCUGAUCCGGACGAUAACGGUGACUGGCACGACCACGACGACAGUGCAGUCGACCACGACGGUCAGCACCACGACCGUCCUGGGGACCGAAACCAGCACCGUGCCGCACCCCUGCGACGUUCCCGCAAACACCCACGACCGGGUGAUGGUCGCCGGCGUAUCCGGCUUCGAAGGUGACUCGUACCACGAUAUCCCCGACGUCUCGGCGCGCGAGUGCUGCCUGCGCUGCUGGCGCGGCGACCACACCGGCGCUCCCAAGGCGUGCAACGGCUGGUUGCACUUCCCAAUGGCUAUGGACCAAGAGGGCCGGCCGGACAAUGAGCACGCCUGCAUCAUCUCCGCCGGCCCCGACAGCCCCGAGGAUGCUAGGCCCACCGAUACAUGUCCCGCUGGCACCCCCGGGUUCAUUAUUCAGCGCAACCAGGAGAAUGGCCACGAUUACAACGUCGCCGGCGUCGGCCCGUGUGGGUACUACGUCGAGGCCUAGGAGUUGAGCACGCCGUAGAGGGGCGGGGGAAGGAUCUGCUCGCUCGCGUGCUUGCUGACUUGCGGGUGCCGCUUGUAACUAUGUAGUUUUGCACUGUAUGUAGGUAUCUACUCGUAUGUACUAUUAAUCCCGCGCGUCCGAAAAACGUGCAAAUAAAACGU